CAGAAAUAUAAUUGAUUGUAAUCAAUCCCUCAAUCAUUCAUAACCAUAACAAACCGAAAAACCGUGGGUGUUUGCUUAAAGAAUUUUGUUAAUUCCCGGUAAUUUAUUAAAAAUGGCCGCAUCUUAUACAAUGCAAUCAGAUCGUCCCUCCUCUUUGAAUAUAGUUUAUUCAUCUAAGUCUUCAAAUAUUAUGAAGACCGGAAUUCAAAAUAUUCAUGUAAAAAAUUGGGCUGAAACAUAUGAAUGUAGACCAGACCUUUUCUUUGCUCCAAAAACAGCAGAAGAAAUAUCUCAGAUUUUGGACGUAGCUAAGCAAGAAGAAAAACGAGUAAAAGUUGUUGGUUGUCGACAUUCUCCUUCAGACAUAGCUUUUACCAAUGGAAUUAUGAUAAGUUUGCAACACAUGAAUAAAGUUUUAGAGAUUGAUAAAAACAGUAAAAGAGUUAAAGUUGAAGCUGGAAUCCUUUUGAGAGAUUUGAAUAAAACUCUUUAUUCGAAUAAUCUUGCAUUGUCAGUACUUGGCUCUGUAUCUGACAUAACACUUGCUGGUGCAAUGUGUGUUGCCACUCAUGGGACUGGUUUAGAAUAUGGUACCAUAUCAUCUUAUGUCACAGAAUUGGAAAUGAUGCUGGCAGAUGGUUCUGUAAACACAUAUUCAAGUGUAAGAGAUGGAGAUAUUUUUCAGGCAGCUCUGUGCAGUCUUGGGUCACUAGGAAUUAUUUUGACUGUCACUAUACAAUGUGAAGAAGCUUUUAAUUUACAAAUGAGGCAAUAUGGUCUAAGUUUAAAAGAUGUUAUUGAAAACCUAGAGGUACAUCUCAAUGGUUCCGAUCAUUGCCGAUUUAUGUGGUUUCCAUACACAGAUAGUGUUGUCAUGUCUCAUGCAACUCGUACAGAAUUACCAGCCUUGAAAGUAACAUGGAUAAGCAAGAUAUGGAAUAUGAUAUUUGAUUAUGGUGUUGGUUAUCACCUUUUAGAAUUUUGUUAUUAUAUAAGCACGUUUAUGCCUCAUAUAGUACCAUACAUAAAUAGAUUCUUUUACUACACAGUUUUCUCUGUUUACACUAGAAAAAUUGAUAGAAGUUAUAAUGUGUUCAACUUUGAAUGUCUCUUUAAGCAGUAUGUUAAUGAAUGGGCUAUUCCUAUUGAAAAAACUGGCGCUGUUCUAUGGGAACUUAGAGAGUGGAUUGAGACUACCCCAGAAGUAUAUGUUCAUUUCCCAAUAGAAGUUAGAUUUUGCAAAGCAGACAACAUUUUCCUUAGUCCAGCUCAUGGAAGAAAUACAUGUUAUAUUAAUAUUUUAAUGUACAGGCCAUAUGGGAAAGAUGUACCUUAUGAAAAAUAUUGGGCAGCAUAUGAAAAGAUAAUGAUGGAAGCUGAUGGCAGGCCUCAUUGGGCUAAGGCACAUUCAGUGACAGCUGAUAAAUUUAGACUGAUGUAUCCCUACUUUGGAAAAUGGUGCUCAAUACGACAAAAGUUGGAUCCAACAAAUAUGUUUUUUAAUUCUUACAUGGCAAGGAUUUUUUCUCAUAGUAGACUAUGAUUAGGACACUAAUUUUUAUUGUAAUUAAAUUUCAUAAACUGUAAAUUAGUCAUAAGUUAAUUUUCAUUACACAAAUUGAAGAAAUUUAAUAAAUUAGACUAUUGUUUCUAUUUAAAAA